AUGAGCCUCGACCCGCGCUGCGUGGCCUUCGAGGGGCGCCUGCACGCCGACCGCCGCACCGCCGAGUACGUGGGGCGCGCCAGCCACGACAACGACGCCGCGUGCUUCCGCUCCAGCCGCGCGGCAGCCGCCGGUGCGCGCGCGCAGAAGCUGCGCGUCUUCUACUUCGAGACCCAAAUUUUAGCGACGGCGACCGACGAAUUAGCGGCUAAUCCAUCACCUGCGAGAAUUGAUACUUCUAAUUCGUCGGUGGCAGUCCGUCGCCACGCAGCGCAGGACCGCGAUGCCGCGGCCACCACAGCUAGAGACUGGAGACGACGCGCCGAACUGCAGGCUAUGGACCUGGAGGACGUGCAGAUCCCGAGUAUCUCGGUCAAUGGAUCCUCUGGCGGAGUACCUGUGAAUUUUAAUUUUUCGUUAAACUCGCGAACCAUGCAGCAGAUGCGCUCCCGCAUCGACCGACGCCGCAUUCGUCGCAGCAACGAGAGGAUGAAGUUUAACCACAAAAUCGCAGUUGGGUUCCUGGUGGACGACGCCGAGCAGAAAGUUGCAGCUUCGGACAAGAUUUCCACGUCUUUUUCGUUGUUUUCGAGGUCCAGCGGCUUCAUGGAGGCCAGAAUGUCGCGUCGGGCGGUGAAGCAGUUGAUGCAGAGGAUCCUGCCAGAUGUGACGGCGGGUGGGGAGUCGGGAUCGUCAUCAGAGGAGGAGGAAGAGGAAAAUGAAGGAGCGCAGAAGAGGAGCAGGACGUACCCUGCAACUUUGCACUCAGAUCUGGGGGAGACUGUGAACUCGCUGGCUUAUGUGGGUAAAACAGGGCGCGUGGUCUCUCAUGGAAGAGUGUUCUUACAGUGUGAGCGAUACGGAGCGGGAGAUGUGCUGAUGGGCAUGCUGGCGGCUAGAGAUGUGUUCGACCUGGACGAUUUUGGAGAAGUUGAAGUGGUGUCAGAUGAUGAAGAGAGCGAUGACGAGGAGGAUGAAGAAGAGAGUAAAGAUGAAGACGGUGAAGACGGCGUGUCAGUAGAGGAAGACGAUGUACGGCUAGACCGGGUUGACGACGCCGAGAUGGAAGAUAUUGAUGGUCGCCACGAGGAUGAGAAGGCGCUGUAUGCGUCUGUGAGCCUUCACGGGGCGGGCGAAUGUGUGCAUGCAGUAUUUGAGCCUGACGAGUUCCAGUUUGAUUUAGCGGAGUUCGAGCUACAGAUCCAGAAGGACCGACAGUGCUCGCUGAUUGUCGAGCGCGCGAAACGCAGCGAGAACCUGACGUCUAGUGAGAUGGAACAAUCCGACUGCAAGGACGAGGCUGCAAUGAACGAGUUGGUUCAAGAUUUCUUCUUGCAUUACGGCUAUGAGAGUGCGUACAAGGCGUUCGAGGCAGCUCUGGCGCCAACAAAGCGGCCACGACUAUCAUCGGACGCGAUGGAUAUGGACGAUGGUGAGGAAGCUGAAGCAAGUACUGUGACCCUGGGUGUGAGCAGCGUCGAAGAUAUGGAGGACGAAUCUAAGAGCGAUGAUGUGGAUUUUGGUGAAGUGCAACUAAGUUUGUAUCCUCCGCAAAAACAGCAGAUGCGCGAGUCUUUAAGUCUACGCCACGAGGUUCGUGAGCACAUUCGCUGCUUCAGGACGGCACAGGCGUUGGUGGCUCUGGAACAACAUGCAGCAACACUCACAACCAAUGUGGCAGCAUAUCGGUCCCGACUCUUUCGAAAGCUUAUGCUGCACUGUCAAAUCCUCUGCGUUAUUGAUAUUUUGACCCACGAUACUGACGUCAAAUCGGGUCCUAUGCUGGCAGCCAGUGGUGCACUUACGGCACGAAGCGGAUGGGAUCCGGAGUCGGCAAUUGAGAUCGCCCGGCAAAUUUUUGGACCUUCUUCCGAGAUCGCAGCGAAUGGGAAGCGGAAGCGACAGCGCGACAGUCAAAACAAGCGUGACAGCACUGACGACGUUGCACUUGCCAUGAGUCUUCUGCUGUACGAUCAGCACGAGAGCAUACCGGAGUCGAGUCGUGCGCGUAAAUUCCUGACGUCCGAAUUUCGGGAGUCGGUCGCUGACCAGCUGAACAGCUUGUUACUUACGAGCGAGGAUUCUGCGAAGACGCCACCGCGAGUAUCAGCUCUCGAAGCGUUUAUGAAGGACCUGGAAAGUCUGCAGAAGGAGUGUUUGCAUCAAGGAUGCCGAGUAUACCCAGAAAGUGUUGCAGCUGCAACUAAUGACAGAAGCAAAACCUCGUCACGUCGGCGGCGAGCUUCUGUAUCUUCAAGUUCGGACGAUUCGUCUUCACAGUCGCAAAGUGAAGAUGACAACAGAUUUGAUGACGACGAUGGUGACGAGGAGUGA